GGGAAAAGGGCGAAGCUAAAUCCGCAUGGCGGGAAAAAAGGGGGGAAAAUAUACGAGCACAGAAGAAGAGAGUUGCGGCGACUGAAUCAAAAGUUCGAUCGAGCAAACGACCGUUUUCUUGUUCAUCGGAUCAUAUAAUUUCUCAGAUUUUGCGAUUCUUUGUUAGCUUCUCGUCCAAUUCCUAUGGCGAAGAAGAAGAAAUCUAGGGUUGCGAUGGAAGAGGAGGAGGAGGAAGAGCGAGUUGAGACUCCGACUCAAUCUUCCAUGAACCAGAACAGCCUUUACGAGGUUCUUGGAGUGGAGAGGACAGCUUCUCAGCAGGAAAUAAAGAAGGCAUACUAUAAGUUGGCACUUCGCCUGCAUCCUGAUAAGAACCCUGGAGAUGAGGAAGCAAAAGAGAAAUUUCAGCAGUUGCAGAAGGUUAUGUCUAUUCUUGGGGAUGAGGAGAAGCGAGCAGUUUAUGAUCAAACUGGCUGUAUUGAUGAUGCUGACCUUGCAGGGGAAGUUGUUCAGAAUCUUCAUGAGUUUUUCAGAACCAUGUACAAAAAGGUCACUGAAGCUGAUAUAGAAGAAUUUGAAGCAAAUUAUAGAGGGUCUGACUCCGAGAAGAAAGAUUUGUUUGAUUUAUUCAAGAAAUUCAAGGGAAAUAUGAACAGACUGUUCUGUUCAAUGCUUUGUUCGGAUCCCAAGCUCGAUUCACACCGCUUCAAGGAUAUACUAGAUGAGGCAAUAUCUGCUGGAGAACUAAAAGCAACAAAGGCCUACAAUAAAUGGGCGAAGAAAAUAUCCGAAACGAAGCCACCAACAAGUCCUUUGAGGAAGAGGGUGAAAUCUAAUAAAGAGUCGGAAACAGAUCUCUAUGCAAUCAUAUCUCAGAGACGGAAUGAGAGGAAAGAACGAUUCGAUUCCAUGUUCUCGUCUUUGGUAUCCAAAUAUGGUGGAGGUGAUGCUUCAGAACCGACCGAGGAAGAAUUUGAGGCUGCCCAGAAGAAGCUGGAGAGCCGAAACUCAUCCAAGAAAUCCAAGAGGAAGUAAGCUCUCAUCUCUGAUGAAAAUAUGCUUGAUCAAUUGUUUGAUUCUGUACAAACGAUUUGGCUGUCUUGUCGAAUGAUCGCAGAAUGUAGUGACAAUUGUUUUCUGUGAUGAAGGUAUUUAUUUUCCACUUUCUGAAUGUACAUUUUUCACUGUUAACCUUACCACCA